AAUUCCACCCGUGCUUGCCUUGCUAAGGCGACCGUCCAAUUGAACCUCUCCGCCCCAGGCUUCUUCUGCCUUGCUCAAAUCUCAUCACACUACUCCCCUCUCGCCACCACACAAACAACUCAUUGUGCUGGCGACAACCCCUCCCUCCCGCCGCAAACGGCCUCCAACGCCGCCCUACACUACCAUCUCCACCCAUCCCACCACUGCCCAACAUGUCGCAGUCCGCAGUCCCCGCCAACCCCUCCAGCCAUAAUGUGGCCUCGCUGUUGCCGAAGCUGCAGGACGCCGACAGCGAUAUUCGAUACAUGACGCUCAACGACUUGCACGCCAUGCUCGCCAUUGGUUCCCCCACCUUCAUGUCUCACGACUACACCACCUGCGCCAAGGUCGUCGACGGCCUGCUCCACACCCUCGCCGACACUCACGGCGAUGUGCAGAACAUGGCCAUCAAAUGCUUGGGCCCUUUUGUCAACAAGGCCCCCGAAAGCAUCCUCUGUCCCACGAUCGAAAAGGUCAGCAAUAUCAGAGUCGAAGGCAAUCUGGACAACAGCAUACCGGCGUUGGGCGUGAGAGCAAUCGUGGUGGCUCUGCCACAGCCUGUCCCGGGAGUGCAGCGGAGCCAAAAAGUCAACGAAGCAUACUCGGCGGUUAGCAAAGCUCUCAUUCCCCGCUUGGUCGGGAAAAUCAUCGUACCCCUCAGUUCGGGCAAACAAAUGCCUGCUCCGCCAAAAGGCAUGUUGCAGGAAGAUCUCGAGACCGGAAACGACAGUAGCAGCUUGGACCUCCUCACAGAAGUUGCUCGCUGCUUCGGCCCGAUGUUACAGGAUGUGGAGGUCCAGGCACUCGAACAAAUCACGAUGGAGGUGCUGGAGAGCGACAAGUGUGGAAGCGUGAUGAAGAAGAAGGCUGUGGCAGCAUUGUCCGCACUUUCGCCGUACUUCAACGACGAACUGCUCGCCCAUCAUGUCACCAUGACCAUCGAGAAGUUGAGAUCGCCUCACCUCACAGCACAACAGAGAAAGCUGUACAUCACAGUCUACGGAUCUCUGGCCAAGAGCAUACCUCAAAAGUUUGGCCCAUACCUCAAGACCCUGGCGCCCUUCGUUCUCGCUCCGCUCAGUGAGAGCGAACUUGCACAGCAACAGGAGGCCGAAAUCGAAGCAGACGGUGAGCGCGACGUACAGUUAGAAGAAGUCAGAGAAGCAGCUUUGAUCGCAGUCGAAAGCUUCCUGGAUUCGUGCGCGCCCGACAUGAAGAUGCAUGCACAUGACGUUCUAUCAUGCGCUACGCGCUUCCUGAAAUACGAGCCCAACAUCGCGGAGGAUGAGGACGAAGAUAUGGCGGAGGAGCAAGAAGACGACGAAUUCGACUUUGACGAAGACUUUGAAGAGGAGACCGGGUUCGAGGACGAGGACGAUGUGAGCUGGAAAGUGCGGCGAUGUUCGGCGAGGGUGAUACACGCACUCAUCCAAACGCUUGAUCCAAACGAUCCCGCGCUGUUCGAUUUGAUCGCACCGGCCCUCCUGUCACGAUUCAAGGAGAAAGAAGAAAGCGUGCGCACCGAGGUCAUUGCCACACUUGCGUUCCUUGUUACCAAGGUGGGCUCUACGACUACAAACACCGGCACAGAAGAGCAUCAUGAGCCAUUGCCCCCGAGCCGGAAGAGAAGACGAGGGCUUAGUGAGUCUCUGGACAUCGAUGCCGGCGGUCAACAGGCAAUGAAUGGCUAUGCCUCUCCCGCCACUCCACCACCCGUGGAUUCGGCGACUCAGGGAUUGGCAAAGAUCAACCCCGAAGUUGUCAAAGGAGCGGCCAAGCUUCUGAAAUCCAGUACCGUUGCCACCAAGCAAGUCGUCCUCUUCCUGCUCAAGGACAUGGUGUCUGCACAGCGUGGCGGACUCUCCGGCCGUGCUGAUUUCGUGAUCGAACCGGUCGUCGAUACUUUGACCAGUACAAACACCAGCGUAUCGAAUCUCGCCAACAACAACCUCCGCAUUGAAGCGCUCGCAUUGCUGGGAGUCAUUGCCGAGACCCACGCCAGCACCGUACUACAACCUCACCUCGCGAAGAUUGUGCCAGCACUCGUAUCGUCGGCCAAGGACCGCUAUGCGAAAGUGUCGGGACAGGCGUUUGCGACCAUAGAAUGCUUCGUAAAAGCAUUGACCCCGCCUCGAUCUGCAGCGAGCAAGAAGGAGAAUGCCGAGCAUGUCGCCAAGAUCUAUGGUGUGGUUACGGAGAGGAUCUCGGCCAACGACACCGACACGGAGGUCCGGCAGAAAGCUGUGCGGACAUUGGGACAGCUCAUCGGUCGCACGGCCGGGCCUACGGGCGAGAAACUGCUCAGCAAGGAUGAUCGCUACGAAGGCCAGCAGGUUAUUGCUGAUCGUCUUCGCAACGAGCUCACACGCCUCCCAUGCGUCCGUGCUGUCGAGGCAAUUGCAUGCUACUCACAGCGCAAGGCAGACUACAAGCCCGAUUUCGUGGGCAACGUCGCGCUGGAGCUGGGCGCCCAGUUGCGCAAAGUGAGCCGGAGUCUGCGCGGCGCUAGCUUGUCCGCGCUGAGGGCGCUCACCGUCAACCAGGCAUCUAGGGAGUGCAUGGACGAUACAGUGGUGGCUCAGCUCGUUGAAAUGCUUGUUCCGCUCCUGAGAACGGACGACCUCCACAUGAUGAGCCCAGCCUUGACGGUGCUGGCAGCAUUCGCCAAGGAGCGGCCGCAGUUGGUCGCCACUCCGCAGGUCAUCGAGGGUAUCUGCAGUAUCGUCACCAGUAGCAUCUCUGGCGUUGCGCUGGACGCGCUGAUCCAUCUGGUUGAAGCAAUCGGCAAUGCUGGGACGGGCGCGGGGCUGAUGCAGGCAUUGUUGAACGUGGGCGUUCAUGGCGAUACCGAUGUUACCGGACAGGUCAUCGGCACGCUCCUCGUAUCUGGUGGCCAAAAUGUGGGCGUCACCCUUGAUGCUUUCAUCAAAGAGCUGCAAAGCCAAUCUGAAGAGGCGAAGAAAUGUCUUGCUCUGUCCGUACUGGGUGAGGCUGGUCUCCGCACGGGCACCAACUGCCCGUUGACUCCGGAGAGCUUCACUCCUUACUUCAACGACCGCUCGGAAAAGGUGCAACUAGCAGCUGCCGUAGCGCUUGGCCGCGCGGGUGCUGGCGACGUCAAGCGCUAUUUGCCCAAGAUCCUGGAAACCAUGGGUCAAGGCAAGCAAUAUUUGCUUCUGCACUCUGUCAAAGAGCUUUUGCAACACAACAGUGCCGAAGACGAUAUCAAGCCCUACACCGCCACGCUUUGGAACAACAUCAUCUCAUCCGGCCAGGCAGAGGACAACAAGGUUGUGGGUGCGGAGUGUAUCGGCCGCCUAGCGACCAUCGAUGCCGAAGCCUACCUUCCACAGCUUCAGGCAUUCCUGAAGAACUCCAAUCCGGCCAUCAGGGGCAUGGUGAUUUCGGCUCUUCGCUACGUCUUCUCCGACACCGACUCGUCCUACAACGCGAGCCUCAACCCUUACAUCAUUCCCAUGUUGGAGACGAUGAUGGCCGACGAAGAUCUCGAGAAUAAGCGUCUCAGUCUCUCGACGUUCAACAGCGCGUUGCACAACAAGCCGGAUCUCGUACUGCCCCACUUGUCCUCCCUCCUGUCCUACGCAAUGCAGGCAACCGUUCCCCGGCCGGAGCUCAUUCGCGAGGUCUCGAUGGGUCCGUUCAAGCACAAGGUCGAUGAUGGUCUGGAGAUCCGGAAGAGUGCCUACGAGACGAUGUACGCCCUGCUCGACUCUCCCGCAUCGAGGCAGAGGCUCGACAUGGUCGCGUACUACGACAGAAUCUCCGAUGGUAUCACCGAUGAGCAUGAGAUCAAGAUGCUCUGCUGCCUCGUCCUCUCGAAGCUCCUCAUCAUUGCCCCAGCAGAGUCCGGCCGCCACCUCGAUCGCCUGGCCACUCAGUUCCGUGCUGUGCUGUCAAUCAAGCCAAAGGAGAAUGCCGUCAAGCAGGAGCUCGAAAAGUUUGCCGAAGUCAACAAGGCCAUCAUCAAGGUGUCGCUGGCCUUCAACAAGGCGAUUUCGACCAACGAGAUUGCGGGCGGCGGCGGCAAGACGUGGAAAGACUACUUUGAGUGGAUGAAGAAGGAUCAUCCGGUUCUGGUGAAACAAGCUCAGGAGGAUGAAGCUCGAGACCGCUAGGCGCCAUCUCCAGUUGAUACUUUCGAUCGAGAUGGUCGCGAUUGUGCAUCAAAAUUCCUCGAGAUAUUACAGGGGCUGAACGGUGGCAUCAAGAUUGAUCCGUACACAGCACUCUAGAUAUGGCUACAGCGUAUGAGGAGGUGAGACGACCGAUAUGGCUACAGCGUAUGAGGAGGUGAGACGACC